CAGCUGUCUUUGAUCCAGCAUUGAUGGCAGAGCUCAAUGCAGUCUCUGAACGGGUGUUGGGGCACGUGAAAUAUCCUGCUUUUCAACUCUCUAACAGAGACACUGGAGAGAAGUUUGGCCUGGAGUAUGUUGAGCCUGGUUGCCGCCCAGUUCCUCUAGACUGGGACAAGCACAGGAGCAAGACCGACUCUACCACAGACCGGAAUCCACCUCCGCAAAGCAGCCAGCUCACUGCCCAGUCUGAGCCUCUUCAGUCAUCCUCCAUGGCACCACAGAAGCUGUUUCAGUUUGCUGCAUGCCCUCCUGCUGACCUUGCUGUAAAACCAGAAGUGACUCCAAGUACAACUCCCGAGCCUCAGACAGAGCCAGAAACCACAUCUCCGCCGUCUCUGCCCCUGCUGUCCUCCCCAACUGGAGCUCGCACUGGACCUGUGAAGACUGGUGGGAGGGUAUUUGUGUUGGACCACAAGCGCUGGCCAGCCCCUAUGAAGCAGGUUAUUGACAACCUGCUGAACAAACACCGUGGGCAGAAGGACAUGCUCAAGCUUGUGGACCAGGACUAUGCUGCUCUAGUUCACAACACCUGUACAGACCCAAACAGCAUGCUCCACCCAACUACCAAACUACAUAUUUCACAGUACGUAAAGCACCUCAGUAAAUUAUUAAACACCAGCUCCUCUUUAAACACCAGCCCCGAAAAACUGCAAGAGAGGCAGGAACUCUGGCACUCUCUGUCAGAGGGCAGUGAGACUACCACUGUGCCGGUUGUUACCAUGCCUGUUGCAGUUUUUAACCCACCUCCACCUGUUCAGACCCUUGCCACACCUCUAACGCAAGCAUCAAUUGAGAAAAUUGUUCAUAACAUAAUGGAAAUCCAACAGCAGCACCAACACCAGCCUCAGCAACAACAACCACAGCAAAAGAAGGCACACACAAAAACAUGUCUUUCCUGUGGCCAGCCAAAGUCGAGGUAUGAGAAUGAUGGUUCUUCCAUCCACUUCUUCUUCCAGCAAGGUCCUGUCAGAUAUUUCUACUGCUCCACUAAAGUUUUCAAGGCUUAUGGUGCUGAAGGUCUGACAAACCCCAAAAUGCCCUUUCAAGACUUUGCAGCUACAAAGUUCUUCCAGCAGGAACUGGACGCCACAAAAAAAAGGGUGGAGGAGCGAGGACAGCAGAAGAGGAAAAGGACUGACUCCCCACAGACAGGUCGCAAGUGUCGGUUCUGUAAGAUGGAACUGAAACAGGGCCCAAACAGUCCUCACAUUCACACUGGAUUCCCUGGAAUAGCAGGGAAGUACAUUUACUGCCCUGCUAAAGUCUUUUCCCUCUACAAAGAUCAGGGCAUGGAGAAGGAGAUGACCUGGAAGGAGUUCCAGGUGUCUGCUUUUUAUGAGAGAGAAAAAAAGAGAUGGGAAGUUGAAAGGGGAAAAUGAGAGACAGCGAGGGGGAGUGUUUUACCAUGUGAUCACGUCUGUCCGGGUCAAAUUGAUCACUAUAAGCAGAUUAUUUAAACAGCAUUUGCAUAGUAAUGAUUCUGUCCCAAGCUUUUUGAUCCAUAUUUUAUUUAUUUGUUUUUACCUUUAUU